AUGAGCACAACAACCAUUGACAAGCCAUACGUACAUGAGGGAGGUAUAAGACCUUUCUUUGAACAACAGAUACAAGACGCAGAGAUUGAAAUUCAACAAAGAACCCAGAACUUGCGUCGGUUGGAAGCACAACGUAAUAAAUUAAACAAUAGUGUAAGACAGUUGAAAGAUGAAUUGAGAUUACUACAAGAACCAGGUUCCUUUGUUGGAGAAGUCAUCAAGGUGAUGGGCACAAAGAAGGUCCUUGUGAAGAUCCAUCCCGAGGGGAAAUACAUUGUAAAUGUGACUAAAGAUAUUGAUAUCAAGCAACUAACACCAUCAAUAAGAGUUUGUUUGAAAGCAGACAGCCAUGAUUUGUACAAGAUCUUGCCAAACAAGGUCGAUCCUUUGGUUUCAUUGAUGAUGGUUGAGAAAGUUCCCGAUUCUACUUACGAUAUGGUUGGUGGAUUAGAUAAACAAAUUAAGGAGAUUAAGGAAGUUAUUGAACUACCAGUCAAGUAUCCAGAAUUGUUUACAAGUUUGGGUAUCGCACAACCAAAAGGUGUAAUAUUGUAUGGACCACCCGGUACCGGAAAGACAUUGUUGGCUAGAGCUGUGGCCCACCACACUGAUUGUAAAUUUAUCAGAGUUUCAGGUUCCGAGUUGGUACAAAAAUAUAUUGGUGAAGGUUCUAGAAUGGUUAGAGAGCUUUUCGUUAUGGCAAGGGAACAUGCUCCAUCGAUUAUUUUCAUGGACGAAAUCGAUUCGAUUGGGUCAUCAAGAGUUGAAGGAUCUUCUGGUGGUGAUUCCGAAGUGCAAAGAACUAUGUUGGAGUUGUUGAACCAAUUGGAUGGGUUUGAAAGCUCCAAGGAUAUCAAAAUCAUUAUGGCCACCAACAGAUUGGACAUUUUGGACCCUGCUUUAUUGAGGCCGGGAAGAAUUGAUAGAAAGAUUGAGUUCCCGGCACCAACGUUGCAAGCAAGAACUGACAUCUUGAGGAUCCACUCUAGAUCGAUGAAUUUGACUAGAGGAAUCAACUUGAAGAAAAUUGCAGAGAAAAUGAAUGGGUCCUCUGGUGCUGAUGUCAAGGGUGUUUGCACAGAAGCUGGUAUGUAUGCAUUGAGAGAAAGAAGGAUCCAUGUUACCCAGGAAGAUUUUGAGUUGGCUGUUGCCAAGGUUAUGUCAAAGAAUAAUGAAGAAGGUAUGUCGCUACAAAAACUAUUCAAAUAG